ACAGUACUUCUAAAUUUGCAUAAAUCGACGUUUGAGUAGAUCGAAUACGUCCGUUGGAGGGGGCAAGAACGCGGAGCCGUUGUCAUAGAAACCGGACAGCAACAGAGCUUGUCAAAAGAGGUGCGCGGGAAGCGGAGGGGGCGGCUAUUAUUUAAGUCUUAAACGAAUGAUUGGCGAUACAGCUGAUCUACUCCUGUUCCCAAUUACAGCCUGCUACAGGUGCAACGAUGCAUAAAGUGGACAUUCAGGCCGACCUCAGAGAGGCAGCUGCCAUUGAAGCCCGCCGGAACCGGGAGAAGCAGAGGCAGAGCCGGAUCUUCAAUGCCCGAUACCGUAUAAUGGGGGUGGACAAAGAAGGCUUGAAGAGGCAGGUGGAAGAGCGGAAACUGAGAGAGAAUACAGAGAAGAAACGAGAGGAAGCUUUUGAUGCAGACAGGGUGCAGUGUGACAAGAUUGCCCAGAUGCUGGAGGAAGAGGAGCACCAGCGGAAGAAACAGUUGUCCCGGGACCUGGUAGAGUUCCGUGAGCGGGAGCAACAGCCUUCUAUGCGGCGGGAGUGGGACAUCCAUGACCCAGAGGUGGUAUGCAAAGGGCAGCCGGCCCGCGUGAGCGAUGAUGACCCGCGCUGUGGCCCUUCUAGCAUGCAGCGCUUUGCUGGUGAGGAUCUGAAUGCGGUUGCCCGCCACAGACUGCAGAAGGAGCAGAACAAGCAUGCGUUGGAGGAGCAGAGGGCUGAACGGAAUAAGGGACUUGCUGAUCAGAAAUAUGCAGAUCAUCUGGAAGGCAGAAAAAGAAUUGAACUGGAUUUGCGAGCCCUGGAGCUGGCACAAUUAGAGGAAGAAUGUCGCAGAUCUAAAGCCAUGGCGGUAGCAGACUUUAAUCGAGCGCAGGCCGCAGAGGUUGCAGAGCAGCAGCGUCUCUCGCAGCAGCGUGAGCAGGACGACAACUACGUUGAAAUUCACAACCAUCUGACUGGCAACAUCCUGUCAGAAGACCCCAACACUGCCAAAAGCUUCUUGGAGCCACAUCGUGUGAUUACUGACCGCUGGAAGGGGAUGAGCCCAGAGCAGCUGCAGGCUGUGUGGAAAAAGCAGAAGGAACAGUGCAGGGAAAAUGAGAGACUUCGACAGGCGGAAAGGCAAUGGGAUGCUGAGUGGGGCAGGCAGAGGGAACUGGCUGCUCAUGUGGCCAUGCAGAUGGAGGAGGAGGAGCAGAAUUUCCGCAUGCAGCUGAGGAAGAGCCUGGAUGCUUACAACCAGGAACUGGCUGAUGCACAGAAAUCAAACUUACGACAUCUGGAGAAAGAAGUCUACACCAAUGCACCUACAGCCCACUAUUAUUUACAGUUUAACGCUAGCAGCCGCUGAUGGAAGAUGCAGCUGGCAGGAGUUUUGGUAUGCAAAGUAGAUUUUCUUAUGGAAAAAGGAAGCCCCCUAAGUGGCUAUAGAAGAGAGAUACCAGAAAUGAAAGCUAGUCUGGGCCUGUUUCAACGUGAUCAUAUAGAGCUUUGAAAUUUGAAACAUUACACAAAAGCCCUUACGGAUAUAUCCCAUCUUCAGAGAAUCAAACCUUCUAGUACCUAUAGUCUAGUGAUUUCAUUCGUAAUAGUUUGCUCAUCAUCUGUAUGACAAACAAGAGCCACUGUAUGAUCAAAGCUAUCUUAGUAUCUCACAGGGUUCACUUCUGGCUCUCACAUGGGGGUAUUUUAUUUAUUUUAUUUUUAUCCCACCUUAAUCCUGGGUUAAGUACUUGGUUUAUGUUUAGUUGCAUCUGCAACAAGCCCAAAUGACAUCUGUGUGGUGACAAUAUUAUCCUGCAAAUGCUGCAAUUGUACACUUAUGUAUCAGCUUGCAGGAUACAAGUUGUAGCAUUCCAUUAUGAUGCAUGUUUUGUCAUCCAGGCUUAUGCUCACAGUACAGGUAGUUCUCAUUUAGCAACUGCAGUUGGGACUGGCAGCUCUGUGUUAAGUGAAGCAAUCGCUAAGUGGGAAAUCAAGUGACUGCUUUUCUUUUCCCCAUUCCCCUGCCCUUUACCUGGAUAGCCAGCUUGAAACUGACAAGACUAAUCAGUUUCACACCUUGUUUGCCUCCUAACCAACCCCCUGCCCUUUGGAAUACUCAUACACACACACCCCUUGCUGAGAUAAUUAGCUAAAAGCAAAUUAAUUUGUGUAUUUACAUUCAUUGGAGGGGAAGGGAUUACAAGAAAGCAAGCAGGCACAUAAUGGGGAAUGCACAUUGAAAGGAAUGCGGUGGCACUGGCAGUACGCACUACACACACAGCCCGGUGCAUUCCCCAUUGUGUGCCUGCUUACUCUCUUGUAAUCCCUUCCUCUCCAAUCUCUCCACAAUACAAGGGGGGAAAAGAGAAAAACAACAGGCACAGGACAACACUGACUGUAAUGGCAAUCACGUGACUGAGGGAAGCUGCAACAGUUGUAAAUGUAGGCAUUGGUUGUAGUUAUUUUUUUCAGCACUGUUAUAACUUCAAAUGGUUGCUGAAUGAGGCAGUUGGGAAGCAAGGACUACCUGUAUAUGAAAAUAAGGUGAAGCCUGGAACCCAGCAAGUCACUGUGACCCAGAGAAGCCACCACUCAUUCUUUUCAAAGAGAAAAGCAAUAGAACCUGAUGUGAAACUUU